AUGUUUGCAAACUUAUUCUCAAUCCUUCUCUUACUCAUUCCAUAUGUCUCGGCUAUAACAAGUACUGUAUAUACCCUUCAAACAUGUCGAACACGGUACAACACGAAGUCUGGAGUACCAGUCACAUCAACUCAGGCAUUUACAAUUGCAAUCACCCCCAGAAUUGCGAUUAUAAAGACGCCCACUCGUGUCAUUACCCCAGCAUCAACGCGCGGUAUAUCUUUUCCUCUCAACCCUUCCAACAUUAGAAUACUAACUUUGAAGCAGUCACAUCAACGGCAACAAUAACCAGUGUGACAGCAAAAUCGACCACUACAAGCGGCACAUAUACUUCAAUCGUGACACUCUAUUCGUCGACAAAAACAACCAGUAUAUCCCUCCCUUCCUCUUUUGAAAAAUGUAAUUUAAGCUCAAAAUCCACCUCAAGUUACGGUCACAGCUACCGCCUCCACAACGACGACGACGACGACUACCCUAGCUCAGUCAACUUCUACGCUUUAUCCUGCGAAUCCUACCUUCAUAUACGCGAAUGGGCCGCAGCCUGCUAGGGACAACGACCCUCAAUCAACUGACGCAAACCGUAAGUCGCCCCUCUCAUUUCAAUAAAACCCCUUCAAAACUACUCUCGAAGUCUCACAUUAUCCAUAUUCAUCCAAUUCUAACAUUUGGGACCAGCCCAAACAACAGACGAGGCAACAAUUUCAGCUGAACCUGAAUCAACAGCUACAUCCGACCCAACAACUACAACAAUAAAUCUACCACCUGGUACAAUAUCAAGUACUACAACACCAAGUCCAACAACCCCCAAGCCAAGUAUCACAUCCACACCCACAGACAACUUUUGCAGAGACAAGAAAUGCUCGCCUACUGCUUAUCCUUCCUCCGUGGGAUGUACAAAGCUUGUGGUCUCGGUGAACCCAUCGAUACUCACUAGAACGGCAUCAAUAACUGCUACUAUUACCGGAUCAGCGCUCUCAACAUCUACUACGACGUCGACGAUCACCAGUACAAGCACGUCUACUGUCGCUUUUGCGAAGAAUACUGUUACGUCGACGAUUACGAGCACAAUUACGGGUACUUCUACAGUCAUUACGACUAGUACUACGACGUGAGUAAUCUGCCGUCUUUUUCAAUGGAGACUUGAGUGAUGGGAGAAUGCUAAUGGGAGUAUAUAUAGGUAUACCGAAACAGCAACCGAGACACCCGCUCCCGCAAUCGAUCCGGUGUACCAAGCAUGUAGUACGAACCAGACAUUCUUUGGCAUUGGUGAGAACGGUAGCGGACAAGGGACUCAGCCGGAGAUCGAUACGUCGGCGUAUACUGGCUAUGAUUGUUGUGCUCAGGUACGUUUUGUUCGUCCACUCCCCCUUUUUCUCCUGCGCCGUACUGCCCCGUGUAAAGAUAUCAUCCUGAUCAUGAGCAGUGUUUCCAAACGACAGGCUGUGUAGGAGGUGUCUGGUAUAACCAGUACGACACACCACCAGCGCGAUGCAAUCUCUACCUUACUAAUGAUGCAACGUGUCCAUCGGAUCAGCCGGCAUAUCCGAGUGCCCACAUAGCUUUUGGUAUGAGAAUACAGAGACCGCAUGAUCCCAGUGGGGUUUUGGCUUUCAACGGACCUUGUGGGAGGUUUAAGCAGUUUGAUUGA